AUGGUCUGGGGUAAACUAAGUACCGUAGGUAAAGAGACACCCGAUUUGAAAAACCGAAAUGGCAUGAAGGACAAGACGUCAAAGAAUGGAUCCAUAAAGGAGUGGACUUGUCCUCUUUGUGAAGCUCCAAACCACUUUGAUGAAAAUGGAGAGGUCAUGGAUUAUCGUCCUCCAACGCCGCCAUCGUAUGAGACGUCUGCUCCUAAUUUUCUCUCCAGAACCGUAGAAAGAAAACAGAUGAGAAGCCCUUUUUGCGAGAACUGCUUGAGGAACCAGCUGCUCGUGAAUCGCAUGCUGGCGGAUUUUCUUCCCGAGCAUAACCAUCCCGAUUAUAAGGCUUAUGAAGCUGCCUUUCCUAAGUAUAAAGAAUCUUUGGAAGAAAAGUUUCCAAUUGUUUGUGAUAAAUGUUAUGACCCAGUCCACAAACAACUUGAGGCAAACAAUUACGAAGCAAAAAAUCAUGUGUUAGGACAGUGGCUCGUUCAAUCCAAGGAAAAGCUUUAUUCGACCCCCUCUUCAAGUAAAAAUUCAUUUUCUGUCACUAUAUGGGUCCUGAGAGGAAUAGGGUUUCUCCUCUUUUAUUCACACGCGAUGGGAUGGCAUCUUUACCAUUCCAUUAUACCCACUUUUUUCCCAUUAUUUGCUCAAAAAAUACUGAACCAACUUUCUAGGUUUUUUUUGUUGAGUUUAAGUUUGAGUCAAGGUGCAAUGAUCACUUGGCUGGGUUUUUUUGUUAUUUUUUGGAAUCCUUACUGGCUUGUUCUUACUCGAGAUUCCUCUACUAGUCUCUAUGGAAGAGAGCAGUACAUUCGUUCUCAGCUCAUUUCUAUUCUAAUUCGACUAACUUCUGUCUAUAUUCUGAAUCUUUACGAGUUUGCUAUUAAAGCUGAAUAUUUCCGAGACGCUAAUAACGUUCGUUCCACAAUCUCUCAAAUCCAUACCAUCUUAUUCUUUGUUACUAUUUUCUUUUUAAUUGUUAGCUUUUCUUGCCUAGAUUUCCGUUCUCCUCGAAGAAUAAAUUUAACAGCCACGACGCAUCCAAUAAAGUCAAGGAGAAGCAAGUCUACUCUAAACACGUUGAAAAAAAAAUUACAAGGAAAGUCAUUCAAAAGAAGACAAAAGGAUAAUGAAAAGCCUCCUGCUUUCCCUCAAACGACACCUUUGUCUUCACAUUUUCGAAAAUUGUCAGAGAUGCCUAAAAUUUCACCAAUCUCAAAUCUACAGAAAAAGUUGGAAGCUCUUCCAACCUCAAGCCCAUAUUCUGCAAAAUCUUCUCCUUUUCAGCAUGCUUCCCCGAAUAUUAGAGGAAAAGAUUCCCUGAGAAUGAUGCCAACCUUUGCUGAUUCGAAACCCGAAACCAAAAACUUGGAUCAAGAUAAAGAGACUGUACCGUUAUCGGGUAAACAGGGAGAUGAUACUAAUAGCUUCUUCAAGCCUUCUGGAAUUGAAAAUUUAUUUUCUAAAACGCUAAACCUAACCAACGAACAUGUUGAAGUUUUAGAAGCCAAAACUGCUAUCCGGAGAAGAAAUGGGCUUUUAGCCACGAUUAUGAGUAUUUUCAUCAUUUCAUUUUUGUUGACUAUACAACGACUCUUUGAAUUAAACAGGAUGAACUUUGUUUGUAUGCUUCUUGCAGGACUAAGCUCUUGCUGUAUUUAUAUGUAUCGCAAUCGCUAUGUUUUUAAGGCCUAA